AUGGCAGGAUUGCUUGCUGUUUCUGGUGGGUACAUCGCUGCGCUUGAGAAACGAUUGCUGGAAACGGAGCUGGCGCUAUUCGAUGCGCUACAGUUACUCUCACUUCAACCGUCAUCACUCGAUGGCCGAGUGGCCGAUGCGGAGACGGCGAAAGAACGUCAAUACAACGUGGAUACCAACAAAGUGAUUACAAAACAAAAUAUCAACCAAACCAAGGCUGAGAAGGUCGCCGAAUGGGAAAGGCUGCCUAUUCGCACAUCUUCUCAGCAAACAGAGUGGUUGAACGAUCGACUGUCUCUAGUUGGCCUCCUUGCGGAGAAAUCGGCACAACAACAGCCCAGCUCGAAGAAACGGCCACAAGUUCAGCGAUCGGCAAGUAGUAGUGACCUACAGCAACAGCCUUUCUUGCCAACGGGAUUUACGCAUAACCAGGACACGGGAUCAUACGCAUCGCCCGGUGGAACUAGUGAUGGAAGUGCAACACGCGACAGCAAUACCAUGAUGCCCCCGCCUGCUCGACCUGUGAACAUCGGCAAAAGCUUCACGAGUUCACCAGAAAGCGUAUCGUCCACUUCAUUUGUGGCCUACCGAGCACCAACUCAACCACCAGAAACCUGGAGGAAUCUUCCCCCGGUGAACGCCACGACGACACAGCCCUCCUGGCUCCCAUUGCAGGAUCCAGACCAAUCUCACAGGAGGUCUACAAGUGCAGAAGGGAACAACGCCAAUUCUCCUGCCGGUGGACAGACCCUAGGUGGAAGUAGUCGGGCACAGCAGUUGUCCUCGAGUCAGUGGCGCCGGUUCUUUUGA